AGUGCGCGCGCGAUGCGACCGGCGGUGCACGUGUGCAACGCUGCGCAAUAAACUACGGUCACUGAUAUUGUGCUGACGAUGUCGGAUUGGUCGGUAUUUGAUCGCGAGUACGCUGAUCGAUACGACUCGUACCCGUACCCGUACUACGAGGACAAGAUACAGAAGGUGCCGGCGGAGUGCGCGCCGUCUCCGACGCAGGACCCCUACGCGCCGCCGCCGACUCUAACCCUGCUUCUGUCGCCGCCGAUCGCGAAACCACCAUGCCAAUACGAACAAAUGGUGCCCAAAGGGGACAGUCCCCGCGAGAUGCGGAACAAAGCAGAGAAGCAGAGGCGGGACAAAAUGAACGAGUCCAUAGCCCACCUGGCGACCAUUGUGCCGCCCGUGGCCAUACCAGCCAGAAAGAUUGACAAAAUCAGCAAGCUGAGACUCACGGCUCACUACCUGCGCUCACACCAAUACGUUUUCGGGGACACUAUCGACACAAAGACGAAAUGCAACAAAUUCAGUUCAGAGUUCACGAAGACACUUUUGAGGACCUUAAAGGGUUUCCUCAUUGCUCUAACAUAUAAAGGGCUCGUAGUGGUCGUAUCUCCAAAUAUACAGGAAUACCUGGGCUACACGGAGUUGGAGUUACUCGGCCAAAGCGUGUACAGCUACGUGCAUGAACACGACCAUGCCUUACUCAGAGAUCAACUGAUGCCUCCCAACUCCAUGCUGGGAACUAACGGAGAAUUACUUAUACCAGAAGACCCCGAAGGCAAGAAAAGAAUAGCAGACGAACUACGAAAUGAGAGACGAAGCUUUAUCAUUCGGUUUAAGAAACUAAACGGCCAGCGUUCUGGGCCAGUGCACUACGUGACAUGUCAUGUUGAAGGAACGCUCCGGAAGGCGGACAAAGCCAGCCCGAAGUAUAACCGGUUCUGCCAGAUUGUCAGACGCGUUAGGUUCAGGGGGGAAAACCCCAUUUCGAGCGGCAAUGAUGUUGUAUUCAUCGGAAUGGCUCGACCGACAACCGAAACGUUCAUGACCGAAGGAGUGCUUGAGUCGUACAAGCUGGAAUAUCGCACACGACACUCUAUCGAUGGGGAAAUUAUACAAUGCGAGCAACGCAUUGCGCUCGUAACAGGGUACAUGACGCACGAAGUGAGCGGUGUGAACGCAAUGAACUUUAUGCACCGCGAUGACGUCAGAUGGGUGAUCAUCGCUUUGCGGGAGAUGUACGAUCAAAACCGUCUCUUCGGUGAAUCCUGCUACCGCUUGAUGACGAAGAAUGGUCGUUUUAUAUACAUGAGAACUAGAGGAAGAUUAGACGUGGACAAAAGCACAAACGCAGUCACAAGUUUUGUUUGCACGAACACUCUUGUUAACGAAGAAGAGGGUAAACAGCUUAUACGCCUAAUGAAGAAGAGAUUCAAACUGCUCGUGAACAACGGAGAGGAUAGAGACACUGAUGAAGAUGAACCUUCCCAGGAGAUAAGCGAAAAAAACAUAUCAGUUGAAGAUCCAGCGCAACUUCAAGAAGUCAUUUUGCAUUUGGUUACCAACCUACCAUCCCAAGAUGACCUAGAUAGCGAUAUAACCUCCCCCUCCAGUAGCGACUUCACUUCUCCCCGACUCUCUAUUAUUCCCCCAAAGAAAGAUAGAAUUGUCAAUGCUAUUUUGAAGAGUACUUUUGUUAUAGGCAACAAAUCACCUCAACCGUAUGAGGGUGUAAAAGCGAGAAAGAAUAGGUUAUUGGCAGAAAAGGCCCUCAAGAGCGAAAGGCCUUUCCAAACCGUGGGCCAAUCAGACUCUGUUUUACAAUCAGUGGUCCAAGAAGAACCUGUUUACCAAUCCGUGGGUCAAAAAGAUCCUGUUUACAAAUCCGUUGGCCAAGAAGAUCCUGUUUACCAAACCGUUAGCCAAGAAGGCCCUGUUUACCUAGACGUUGGUCAAGCAGUCCCUGUUUUCCAAACCGUUGGUCAAACAGACUCUGUUUCUCAAUCUGUGUGUCAAGCAGACCCUCUUUUCCAAUCCGUGGGUCAAGUAGACCCUGUUUUCCAAUCCGUGGGCCAAGAAAACCCAGUUUUUCAAUCUCUGUGUCAAGCAGACCCUGUUUUCCAAUCCGUGGGUCAAGCAGACCCUGUAGUAGGGUCUCCCAUUGUCUCUGUAGAGAGUCCGAUUGAACCGGAACCAGGGCCAAGUGGCAUUUGUGGGGUCAGACGACACCGCGAGGACUCUGAAGAGGAACCAGCUCCGAAAAUUGUAAAAAUAGAAGACGAUUCCGAAGGGACUAAUAUCAAUGAAAUACUACGCCUAAAUCAAGACGAUCAAUUGAAAAUUGCUGAAUUGGACGCAAAUGGCAUUGACUACACAUUAAUUCUAGAAGAGGCUUACCGGAAUAAGGACGCCUAUUUUGAAAAUAUCGACUAAACUGAUUGCAGUGUGGAGUGUGGACAUUUUAAUGUUUCACAGUGAAUUUUAUCGUAUUUAAAUAUUUCCCAUAAAUUUGAAUAUUGAAUUAGUCAUUGUGUGUUGUUAAAACCAUUUAAUUAAUAAGUUAUAUAGCUACUUAAUAAUUGUGCCAAUAACAUUGGCUGUACGGUAAAAUUCUAAUAUAUUAAAAUUGUUGUCUAUGUUCAUAAAAUACGUAAGAUCAGUUUGACUUGAUUAUAUUGCACUAUUGCGUUGGCUAGCUUAAAAUUGGACAUUUGAAGAUUUAAGAACAUCUGACUUUCGUUGAUUCACACUUUCAAGAUGAAUAUUAAGCUUACAUUUAUGUGUUUGUUAAUGUGUCUGUUGAUUUUCUUCUUGAGCCAAAACGCUACCGUGGAUUGGUUCGUACGCACUUGGUUCGGGACUACGCGUCUCAUGAAAUCCUAUACAAUUAUUUUCAGAUUUUGACUCUUUCUCAUCUAAUCAUCAUCAAUAUGUUGAAUUCGCGAAUUCCCUUGAAUUCUCUUGGUGAAUGUGAUGAUGGUGGUUAAAAGCUAUAUAUAUAAGCAACGUGAUUGCAUGUUCUUUAUCCAGAUAAGGAACGCAUCUAGAUACCUUCGGGGAACGAUUAACUGAUCCUAUCUAUUUUCUAUGUAAUCUUUAACAGAACUUCAGACUCUUAAAUUUUCGAAUUUCUAUACAUUACCCUUUUUGUAACUAUUGAAUUAUGAAAAAAAAUUGAUAAUAUUUUACGAUAUACAGAUUACAGACUACGUUUAUUUAAUCUUGAUGCGUUUUUAUCAUCCUCUGAAACACGUUGGCUGUUAAAACGGCUAAGUGCACACGAAACUACAUUAUUUUACGCAAAGAGAAAUAUAUUUUUUGUAUCGUAUUAUCCUGAAACAAAAGUUGCUAAACUGUAAUUAUAGUUACUCAUCCCGGUGAUAUUAGUUGGUGUAUUUUUCGGUAUUUUUACUUCAAAAAAUAAAUUUAACGUUGAUAUCAUAGGAAAUGUAAAUUUGUAUUUUGAAAAACUUUGACCAAUCCAUAGUAACGAACUUACAUGAUCGAAUUUUCCAAACUUUUGUCCUCGAAAGGUGUCCAAAUAUUUAUCUAUCUAAAACUUUAUCUUUAUAAUAUUAAUUGUGUUUAUGCUAUGGAGUUAAUGGAAAAGUAGUUGUAAACGUACCAAAAAAAAAUCAUAAAAUAAAAAAAAAAAACGUAAAAUUAAAUUUGCUGUAAUUAUGCUUGUACGUAUAAGAUACAUAGUAUAUUAUCUAAAGUUAAAUGAUAUCUGUGCCGUUUUGUUUGGCUGAUCUCUUUGAUUUUAAGUUUGUUAGUUUUUCAGUAGUCAACGGAACUUACAAAAAGUUCCGAACGAAACGGGAAAUAAACGGGUUGAGUAGUUUUUAAAUUAAAUUGCAAAGUAAUGAUAAAAAUGAUUAAAAGUUAUCUUUUUAAAAUUAUUUAUUUUGUUAUCUUAUAUUUACUUACAGUAAACGUAUUUAUGUUUUGUUUUUAUUUCAUAUUUUUAUCGCAUUAGGCGAAUCGUACCGAGAAUUCGUAGAAUAUUACUCAUUUAAUCUAUAUCAAUCACAUAGAUAUAAAAGUAGAAAUAAAUACAUUAGAUUUUAGACAGUUAUAACUUCAUUAUAGAGUAAAUCCAUGUGCUUAAUUAUGUGUGUCGCAAAUUAAACAUAGCCAAAUUAUAUGUUGUUUGAUGAAUUGAUACUUUUAAAGGAUACUUCGAAAAUGAAUAUCCUGGAGCGUAAAUAUGACGAUAGUUUGAAAUAUUGGCUCUAAUAAAAACCCACGUAAUUUUAUUCGGGAGUCCCUUAAGGAGACUUAUACACCAAAGAAAUUAAUAAUGAAGCUGUUCAAAUGAUACAUAGGCUUAAAAUUCGAAUAAUUAACAUUGUAAGAUUAAAAUAUAAUCUUUUGAAAAACACCCUAGUCAACUGUUGCGCGAAAAGUCAAAACAUUAAUUGUUUAAAAUAUACUGAAAAUUGUUAAGACUGAGUAAAUUCUUUUAUGAUUUAGUGUAUGUUAAUUAUUUUGUAUAAGUUUAGUUUUUGUUAUUCGUUACCUUUUUAAGUACUUACUUGGAUCGUGAAACGUUAUACUUUGUUGAACAACAUUUUUGCUUACGUUUCUAUAUUUUAUGUAACUGUUACCAAAAAUCAACCAAAUCAUCGUAACACGUUUGGUAUCGUAUAUCAUUAAAAGUAAAUUUAAAUUAUAAUUAUUUGAUGUUUUUGAUGUAAUUAAUGUUUAAGUUAAGUAGAUCACGGACAUGGCAUAUUAUAGAACUUUGAUGGUGCAUGCGCUUGCACGUCUAAGUAUUCUAAAAAAUGAAACUUUCUUAGAAAGUUUAAAAAAUCACGGAUUUGACCAUUACAAGAAAAACAUGCUUAGAUAGGGAUGUUAAAGCACUUUACUUGUACCAUUUUUUUAAUAAAUACAAUAACACGUAGUGCACGGAGUUUAUUUAUCUAAACUCUAAAAUGUUUUAUGAAAAUAUAACGAUGCAAAGUAUGACAAUCCUUUGAGCAGGAAGUUAUUCUAAGCUUACCUUUGUCGGGAUUUGUCUAUACUCACUGUAAAAUCACAGUUGGCUAUUCUGCGUAUAUUCUAGAUACGUACUAUAAUAAAACCAUACACGAUUUUCUUAAAAAUUAAAACAUUAGUCGUUCAACUCAUUCGAGAUAUCUUUUACGCUCAUUAAAUUACACAUAAUGUGACAUUUACGAAUACUCCUCCUUAUUGAUCUUUUGCGAUUCGCCCAAAAGAUUGAUAAACAUUGUUUAUCAUAAUUAGUGUCUAUCGGCCGUACUUACAAGGCCUACGAUCAUGUAACCCUACGUAGUACGUAAGAAAGUAGUGUUUUGUCGUAAAUCGACUUUCAAUUUAGCUUUUGAUGGAUGUUAUAUUCAACGGUAGUAACUCUAAAUAUUUUAUGGAAGUAAUAUUAUGUAUUCUUCUUUUGGUAGCUAUAUUAUAUGUAUCUCUAUAGGAAAAAACGUUUUGUGGUCAAUUACAUAAGCGGGGAAGUAAUGAUGUAAUGCACAUGAAGGAUUUGAAAUUUAAAAGGCUAUGAGGACUACUUAUAUAGUUGGCCAGUUAAUGUCUAGAUUAACUGUAAUUCUUACUCAUUAUUCUUAAUAAUAAAGAUUUAGAUCUA